AUGGGGUCGUGCUUUAGUGCAAGAAUUAAAGCUGAGAGUCCUCCUCGUAACGGGGUGAACACAAAAUACGGGAAUGAUAGGAGUGGGUCAAGCAGCAAGGUCUCAUCUUCCACAGUGCCUUCAACUCCUCGGACACAGGGUGAGAUCUUGCAGUCCUCCAAUUUGAAGAGCUUUUCCUUUGGUGAAUUAAAAGCAGCGACUAGGAACUUCCGUCCAGAUAGCGUGCUGGGCGAAGGUGGUUUUGGUUGUGUCUUCAAAGGGUGGAUUGAUGAGCAUUCAUUGACAGCUGCCAAGCCUGGAACAGGCGUGGUUAUUGCCGUAAAGAGGCUUCACCAAGAGAGUUCCCAGGGUCAUCAGGAAUGGUUGGCAGAAAUCAACUACCUUGGCCAGCUGUAUCAUCCGAAUCUAGUAAAAUUGAUCGGCUAUUGCUUAGAAGAUGACCACCGACUUCUGGUUUAUGAGUUUAUGCCCAAGGGAAGCUUGGAGAAUCAUCUAUUCAGAAGGGCUUCUUAUUUUCAACCACUCUCAUGGAAUCUCCGCAUGAAGGUUGCCCUUGAUGCUGCCAAGGGUCUAGCAUAUCUUCACAGUGACAAGGCAAAAGUUAUAUAUAGAGACUUUAAGGCCUCUAAUAUCCUGCUUGACUCGAAUUAUAUGGCCAAACUCUCUGAUUUUGGGUUGGCCAAGGAUGGGCCAACAGGCAGUAAAAGCCAUGUAUCUACAAGGGUCAUGGGUACCUAUGGUUACGCAGCUCCUGAAUAUAUGGCAACAGGUCAUCUAACUACGAAAAGUGACGUAUACAGUUUUGGGGUUGUUCUUCUAGAAAUGUUAUCUGGCAGACGAGCAAUAGACAAAAACAGGCCCUCCAAGGAACAAAAUUUAGUUGAAUGGGCAAGGCCUUACCUAAGUAGCAAGCGCAGAAUUUUCCAAGUUAUGGAUGCUCGCAUCCAAGGCCAGUAUUCAACGAGUGAUGCUGUUAAAGCAGCAAACCUUGCAAUCCAAUGCCUAUCAGCAGAACCAAAGUAUAGGCCACACAUUGAAGAAGUGGUAAAAGCAUUGGAACAACUUCAGAAUUCCAAUGACAAUAAUGGAUCCAGGGGCUCUCGUGGUGAAAACCUUCAACGAGUCAAUCGAAGUUCAAGCAAUGGUCCUAAAUAUCACAGGAAAAAUGUUAAUGAAGUUUCCAAUGGAAAACCUGCCUCUUAUGCUGGGCCAUAUGGUUCACCUCUUCGUACAUAG